AUGGAGGGGGCGGAGGCGGAAGAGCGGGAGGGGGCCGCUGUGGCCCGGGACCUGCGGGCCUUGGGGUAUGAGGGCUUCUCGGGGGCGCCGUCGCUGGGCACCUCGUGUCCAGACUUCAGGGCGCUGUGCGCGCGGCUGGCGGCGGAGCUGGCGACUCUGGGCGCCCUGGAGCGGGAGCGAGGGGAGAGCGCGGAGGCUCUGAGAGCCGACGACGGCCCCGGCGCCGAGGAAGAAUUCCUGCGACAGUUGGCCGGCCUGCUGCAGGAGUUGCACUGCCCAGACCGCGCGCUCUGCGGCGGCGAUGGCGCGGCGGCGCUGCGGGAGCCCGGCGCGUGCCUGCGCCUGCUGCGCUUUCUCUGCUCGGAGCUCCAGGCUGCCCGCCUCCUCCGUUUGUACCCCCGGCUGGAUCCCAGCCCCGCACCGCCCUGUGGAGAAGGGGCAGAGGAGGGAGCUGGCAUGGUCCAGGAACUGGUCCUUACCCUCCAAGCUCUGGGGCUGCCCAGACCCACGCCUGGGACCGCCGCCAGCCAGCUGCUGUGGGAGUUGCAUGACAAGAUCUCUGAGCUGCUGCCUUCCCUGCCCCCAGGGUUCCUGCAGCCCCUCCUCAGCUUCCCGCUGGACGCACCCAGAUGGGAGGCAUUGGACUCUCUGUGCCAAAGGCUGGGAGAUCAGUACUGCUGCCGCCGCUGCCUGCUCCUGAAACGCCUGGACCUCACAACAUCUUCUUUCCACUGGAGUGAUCGGGCAGAGGCCCAAGGAGAAGCCAUGAAGGCAGUGCUGAUCCCAAUUCGAGAGGCUCUGACCCCAGAAUCAGAUGUCUCUGUUGCACACGUCCUGGCUGCCCGAGCAGACCUGUCUUGUCUUGUCCCAGCCACCAGCAAGGCUGCCCGCCAAGGGACCUGCUGUGCCAUCAACAAGGUGCUUAUGGGCAACGUGCCAGACCGGGGGGGCCGUCCAAAUGAGCUGGAGGCUCCCAUGCCCAGCUGGCAGAGCAGAAGAGAGGAUGGAGGUGGGCGGAAGGCAGGCCGCCAGAACUGGGGUCGCAAGAAGAAGAAGAAGUAAAGGGGGACUGGUGGUUUGGGGGGGUCCUCUGUGACAUGCUAAUGCCAUUGGUAAUCCUUGGGGAGUCACUUUGGGUUUCUCUUGGUAUCUGGCUCCCAGGCCCCACAUCCCCUGCUCCUAAGGUCCCAAAUGUCCUUCCCCCAUCCACCACUCAACAACAAGGACCAUGUUCUCUGGAAAAUAAAUUUAAUUUAUGACAGCUAUAGGACCUAUCUCUGGGGGGGGCCAGGUCAGGGGUGCUCAGGUUUGUGGAGGGGUAAGGGUGUCUUUGUCCCCUGGAUCUCAACAGACCCCUGUUGCUCUGACCCUCAUAGUCCUCUGCUCUUUAGCAACACAUCUUUCCCUUCCUGUGGGCACAGGGAAGGAGACAUGCAGGCAUUGGACAAAGAGUUCUCAGGUACCCACCAUGUGCUAGCCCUGUUCUUGGCACUAGGGAUACAGCAGUGAAAACAUAUAGAUCAUAAAACCCUUGCUCUUCUGGAGUUGACAGUUUCUGGUGAAGAGGAGCAGACAUUCAACA